AUGUCCGAGACAUUCACAAGAAAAUUUGCCAGAAUCCAGACUUUGAUGCACACCGGGGGGCAGGGUGCAGGGGACGCCAAGGAGGACGAGGGCACCGUGGCACAGCACGCAAUUGCCUUCUGUUUGAAGGAGUCGGGGAGCAAACCCCCCAUGAUCCGAUACCGCAAGGACCGAGCUGUGGCCCGACGUGCCCCCUGCUUUCCAACCGUGACCACCCUCCAGGAUCUGGCGAGUGGGGCCGCGCUGGCCGCCACGAUCCACUGCUAUUGUCCCCAGCUCUUGCGACUCGAGGAGGUGUGCCUCAAGGACCCCAUGUCUGUGGCGGACAGCCUCUACAACCUCCAGCUGGUGCAGGAUUUCUGUGCCUCCCGCCUUCCUCGUGGCUGCCCACUGUCCCUCGAGGACCUGCUGUAUGUCCCACCGCCCCUCAAGAUCAACCUGGUGGUGCUGCUCGCCGAGAUGUUCAUGUGCUUUGAGGUGCUGAAACCUGAUUUCGUGCAGGCUAAGGACCUUCCUGAUGGUCAUGCGGCCUCCCCCCGGGCCACAGAGGCCUCUUCCGCCCAGAACAGCAGUGGCUGCAGUUCUCCUGUCUUCAAUUUCCGCCACCCACUCCUGUCACCCGGCGGCUCCCAGUCCCCACUCCGUGGAUCCACAGGCUCACUGAAGUCCUCCCCGUCCAUGUCCCACAUGGAGGCCCUCGGCAAGGCCUGGAACCGUCAGCUCAGCCGUCCCCUCUCCCAGGCAGUGUCGUUCAGCACCCCCUUUGGCCUGGACAGCGACGUGGAUGUCGUCAUGGGAGACCCCGUCCUACUCCGCUCGGUCAGCUCAGACAGCCUGGGCCCCCCGCGCCCUGUGCCAGCCCGGACCCCCGUGCAGCCAGCCCCGGAGCCUGGCGACCUGCCUACCAUCGAGGAGGCCCUGCAGAUCAUCCACAGUGCCGAGCCCCGGCUGCUCCCAGACGGGGCUGCCGACGGCAGCUUCUACCUCCACUCCCCCGAGGGGCCCUCCAAACUGCCGCUGGCUUCCUCCUACCCACUCGAGGGGGCCUCCAAAGCACCCGCCUACAUGCCCCACCCCGAGGCCCCCUUGAAACCAUCUCCCUGCACGGUGGCGGAGAUGUCGAAACCGUCGGCCCUAUCCGAGGGCUCCCCGAAGGCGGCGGCUUCGUCCCCAGCGGCCAACAACUCCGAAGUGAAGAUGACCAGCUUUGCUGAACGCAAGAAGCAGCUGGUGAGGGCUGAGGCCGAGGCAGGGUCCCCGACGGCCACCCCCGCGGCACCAGAGGCCCUGAGCUCCGAGAUGAGCGAGCUGGGAGCCCGGCUGGAGGAGAAACGGCGGGCCAUAGAGGCUCAGAAGCGACGGAUCGAGGCCAUCUUUGCCAAGCACCGCCAGCGACUGGGCAAGAGCGCUUUCCUGCAGGUGCAGCCUCGGGAGGCCGGAGGGGAAGCGGAGGCAGAGGCGGAGCCAGGCCCAGUCCCCGGUGGGGAGCGGCCGGCGGGUGAGGGCCAGGGCGAGCCAUCCCCACGGCCCAAGGCAGUGACCUUCUCACCCGAACUGGGCCCAGUGCCCCCCGAGGGGCUGGGGGACUAUAACCGGGCGGUCAGCAAGUUAAGCGCCGCGCUGAGCUCGCUGCAGCGGGACAUGCAGAGGCUCACGGACCAGCAGCAGCGGCUCCUGGCUCCGCCCGAGGCCCCUGGGCCUGCCCCGCCGCCCGCCGCGUGGGUCAUCCCUGGUCCCACGGUGGGUCCCAAAGCCGCAUCUCCCAGCCCUGCUCGGCGCGCCCCGGCUGCCCGGCGCAGCCCCGGGCCCGGCCCCAGCCCGACACCCCGAAGCCCGAAACACGCACGGCCGGCGGAGCUGCGGCUGGCUCCCCUGACGAGAGUGCUCACGCCUCCCCACGAUGUAGACAGCCUCCCCCACCUGCGCAAGUUCUCGCCAAGCCAGGUGCCCGUGCAGACCCGUUCCUCUAUCCUCCUGGCGGAGGGGUCGCCUCCAGAGGAGCCCGCGGCCCGGCCUGGCCUCAUCGAGAUCCCACUGGGCAGCCUGGAAGAGCCCACGGCCGAGGACGAGGGAGAUGGGAGCCCCCCUGGUGCUGAGGAUUCCUUAGAGGAGGAGGCGUCUUCGGAGGGAGAGCCCCGGCCCGGGCUGGGAUUCUUCUACAAGAAACAAGACUCGGUGCCUGUUAAGAGGUGA